AUGGCAGGCUGCUUGAAGGCCCUUCACUUCUGGAGGAAAAAAAGCAGGCCGUACUCUGCUGGCACGAAUGAGAGGUCCUCUUCACCACAGCGCGGGCGUACCCGUACCGUCUGGAUACCCGACCCCGAAAAGCCGCCCCUGGAUGUCCAGCACGUCAACUUCACGCUCCCAUCCACAGGCGUGCCGAUCCGCCGUCAUGUGAAUCCGUCUUACUCGGCGGCCGCGACUCCCGCCGAUACCAGAUGGAUUGACUCGGCCACGGCGACAAAGGCGGCGCCGGCUUAUUUCGGCAGCGGAGUCAGGAUGCAAGACGGGGACAUCGGCGAUCCGGACGAGGUCGCCCGACAGAAGAAAGCUGCGCAGGAGGAGCAGGAACGCCUCGAUUUCUUCCAGAUGAUGUGA